GGGAGGGAGAGAGGGAUGAGAGAGAGGGAGAGAGAGACUGACUCACGCGUGUGCGGAGGCCGCAGGCAGACCUUAACGUCUGGAGUUCCUUCAGGGCCAAAGACGACGGGAAUGGGAGCUUAGAAGUGUGCGGCUAAGACACCAGAGUGCAUGGAAUUCUUGGCAAGUUUUUCUUAAAACAAAGCAAAACAAACCGAUGCCCUCCGCGGCGAGCCACGUAGGUGCUCCUCGCGUGCCCGAGCCCCCCGUCCAGCUGGCAGCUCUGACAAUCGAUCGCGGGGACCCAGCCGCUGCAAGGGGGCUCCAGAAGACGACGAGGAGGGGCGGGGAAGUGCGUCACCAGUGGACGGAGCAGACCUCUCGGCGGCAGCGUUGCGAGGACCUAGCUGCGACCUGGAAUCCCAUCCUCCUGUAUUUUUUCAGACUCCUUGGAAAUUAAGGAAUGCAAUUCCGCCACCAUGAUGGAAGGAUUGAAAAAACGUACAAGGAAGGCCUUUGGAAUACGGAAGAAAGAAAAGGACACUGAUUCGACAGGUUCACCAGAUAGAGAUGGAAUUCAGGGGAAAAAAAAGACCCAGAAGACUCAGCUUCUCCUCACCUCUUGCUUCUGGCUCAGAGCCCUCUCGUUAACUCUGUCUCAGAAGAAAAGCAAUGGGGCACCAAAUGGAUUUUAUGCGGAAAUUGAUUGGGAAAGAUAUAACUCCCCUGAGCUGGAUGAAGAAGGCUACAGCAUCAGACCUGAGGAACCCGGCUCUACCAAAGGAAAGCACUUUUAUUCUUCAAGCGAAUCGGAAGAGGAAGAAGAAUCACACAAGAAAUUUAACAUCAAGAUUAAGCCAUUGCAAUCUAAAGACAUUCUUAAGAAUGCUGCAACCGUAGAUGAGCUGAAGGCGUCCAUAGGCAACAUUGCACUUUCCCCAUCACCGGUGAGGAAAAGUCCGAGGCGCAGCCCGGGUGCAAUUAAAAGGAACUUAUCCAGUGAGGAAGUGGUGAGACCCAGGCGUUCCACACCAACUCCAGAACUUAUAAGCAAAAAGCCUACAGAUGACACUAUGGCCCUGGCUCCCCUCUUUGGCCCACCAUUAGAAUCAGCUUUUGAUGAACAGAAGACAGAAGUUCUUUUAGAUCAGCCUGAGAUAUGGGGUGCAGGCCAACCAAUUAAUCCAAGCAUCGAGUCGCCAAAGUUAACAAGGCCUUUUCCCACUGGAACACCUCCACCACUGCCUCCCAAAAAUGUACCAGCCACCCCACCCCGAACAGGCUCCCCACUAACAGUUGCACCAGGAAGUGACCAGUCAGCCACAGAGGUCAAAAUUGAAAAGCUACCAUCCAUCAAUGACUUGGACAGCAUUUUUGGUCCAGUGUCAUCCCCCAAGUCUGUUGCUGCUAAUGCUGAAGAAAAGUGGGUCCAUUUUUCUGAUACAUCCCCGGAACAUGUUACGCCAGAGUUGACUCCAAGGGAAAAGGUGGUGUCCCCACCAGCUGCAUCAGACAACCCAUCUGACUCCCCACCUCCGGGCCCCCCGGGACCUCCAGGCCCCCCAGGGCCCCCAGGACCCCCUGGUCCUCCGCGCAAUGUACCAUCGCCGCUCAAUUUAGAAGAAGUCCAGAAGAAAAUCGCUGAGCAGACCUUCAUUAAAGAUGAUUACUUAGAAACAAUCUCAUCUCCCAAAGAUUUCGGGUUGGGACAGAGAGCAACCCCACCUCCCCCACCACCACCCACCUACAGGACUGUGGUUUCAUCCCCUGGACCUGGCUCGGGCAGUGGUACGGGGACCACCAGUGGUGCAUCAUCCCCUGCUCGACCAGCCACUCCCUUGGUUCCCUGCAGCAGCACCACCCCUCCACCACCUCCUCCCCGGCCUCCAUCUCGGCCAAAGCUACCUCCGGGAAAACCUGGAGUUGGAGAUGUGCCCAGACCUUUUAGCCCUCCCAUACACUCUUCCAGCCCUCCUCCAAUAGCACCCCUCGCACGAGCUGAGAGUACUUCUUCAAUAUCAUCCACCAAUUCCUUGAGUGCAGCCACCACUCCCACAGUUGUGUCAGAAGAUGAUGUUUUUUAUGACAAACUGCCCUCGUUUGAAAGGCGCUGUGAAACGCUGGCAGAGAAUGAACAGCCUUCCCUCGUUUGGUUUGACAGAGGAAAGUUUUAUUUGACUUUUGAAGGUUCUUCCAGGGGCCCCAGCCCCCUAACCAUGGGAGCCCAGGACACCCUCCCUGUUGCAGCAGCAUUUACAGAAACGGUCAAUGCCUACUUCAAAGGAGCAGAUCCAAGCAAAUGUAUCGUGAAGAUUACUGGAGAAAUGGUGCUGUCCUUCCCUGCCGGCAUCACCAGACAUUUUGCCAACAACCCGUCACCUGCUGCUCUGACUUUUCGGGUGAUAAAUUUCAGCAGGUUAGAACAUGUCCUGCCAAAUCCCCAACUUCUCUGCUGUGAUAAUACUCAAAAUGAUGCCAAUACCAAGGAAUUCUGGGUAAACAUGCCAAAUUUGAUGAUGCACCUAAAGAAAGUGUCAGAACAAAAACCCCAGGCUACAUAUUAUAAUGUGGACAUGCUCAAAUAUCAGGUGUCUGCCCAGGGCCUUCAAUCCACACCUCUGAACCUGGCAGUGAACUGGCGGUGUGAGCCAGCAAGCACUGACCUGCGCAUCGAUUACAAAUACAACACCGAUGCAAUGACAACUGCUGUGGCCCUCAACAAUGUGCAGUUCCUGGUCCCCAUAGAUGGAGGAGUAACCAAGCUCCAGGCUGUGCUCCCACCAGCGGUCUGGAAUGCUGAACAACAAAGAAUAUUGUGGAAGAUUCCUGAUAUUUCUCAGAAGUCAGAAAAUGGAGGGGUGGGUUCUUUAUUGGCCAGAUUUCAGCUAUCCGAAGGCCCAAGCAAACCUUCCCCGUUGGUUGUGCAGUUCACAAGUGAAGGAAGCACCCUUUCUGGUUGUGAUAUUGAACUUGUUGGAGCAGGGUAUCGGUUUUCACUCAUUAAGAAAAGGUUUGCUGCAGGAAAAUAUUUGGCAGAUAACUAAUAAAAUCUUAUGCAAGGAUUUGGAUGAUUCAUAUAAUGGAGAACUGUUGUAUGAGAAACAGGUUUUAAUUUUGGUUUGAUGGAAACAAACCAAAAUCUGCACUUGGGAUAUAUCUGCUGGAAAUGUCCGUGACUUUCAGCAAUGAUUUCCCUCACACAAUACCAUGAUGACCAGUCUUGCAGUAUUUACUUCUAGGUGUAAUAUUGUUAAUGGUUUUAAAAUGUAAUUAUUGUAUUUGUAAAUUGUACUCACUCCAGUAAGGCGAUUAGACACCUGAGUUUUAGCAUUUUACCAUUCCUGAAAUGGAUGUAAUUUAAACUGUGGUAUGUAAAUUUAAUAGUAGAACUGUUGAAUGGCACAAUGCUUACAGAGGUAGAUUGCAUUUUGUCAAUAUAUAAAAUUUAAAUAUAAUAUUGAUAGCUGUCAUAAAGGGGGUGCCACAUACAAAGAAAAUUAAGUGGAACCAGAGGAAAAAAAAACUUCAUUUUCUUCAAUCCUUAGUAUGUUUUACUCUAGUGCUAAAUAAAAAUUCUAUCUUCAAAUAUUUAGUGGGUUAAAUUCAGAAACUAUUUCAGAAAAAAAAUUCUAAAGUUACAGCAUAUUCAAGAAGAGCAUUAAUUACCACUUUUUAAAAAGCUUUUUUUUCAAACUGCAAAUUUCAUAAAAAUGCAAACUGUGUAAACAGGGCCUCUUAUUUUUAUAACUUGUGUAAAAAGGGAAAGCAAUUCAUAUUUAAAGUUUAAGUAGAUGAAAUUAUAAUCAAGAGUAAAGAAGAUGUUGAAGUCUUAACUACUUCCCCCUCUCUCUACAGUUUAGCAAAUGUGGAGAUUGCUGAAUAAUAUCAGACUAAAGCCAAAAUUGUGACUUUAAAAUUUCAAGACUUUCCGUAGUUGGACUGGUUAACAACUUUUGCUUAAUUAGUCUGAACAGAGUCUCCCGUAUAGCAUGGAGAAUGGUACCAUGUAUCUUUCUCUUUACCUGCAGGAAUCAGACCAUUAAGGCUAAAACUCGAAAAAAAAAAAAAAAAAAAAUUCAGUCCCUCCAACCCCGUUUAAGUCCAGAAGGCAAAUUUUAAUCAUUAUCAUUUAUAUCAUUGGGGAAGGAGAAAAAAAAAAAAGCUUUAUAAAUGAAAUUCAAUCCACAUUAUUGUGCAAUAAAUUUCAUUUUGGAUAAGAUUCAUCAUAUGUGACUAUAAAUCUUUGCCAUUCUCGGGGAAUCAGAAAGAGAGUUAUCAAAAAUUAAUGUCAUGAUUUCAUCAUUGCAAGGUACGAUUAAAACUGUAAUUACUCAGUCUGGCCUCACAAUGUGAGGAGGAUUCAGAAUGGAGAAGCACUUCUUCAGGGUUAGUCCCAGUUGUCAAACCUUCCUCCUCCACUAUCUGCAAACAUGAAAUUUCCUUUAAGUCAUAGAACUUAUUUUAAACAUGAACCAAUUCUUAUCCUAAGUUAUACUAUUACAUACCUGGAAUUAGUAAGCCGUUGUAUUUAGUUGCUAAAUUUUUUUACGUUCACUGAUACUUGACAAAGAAUCAUUAGUCUCUUUAGAUUUUAGAAUCAAAUUAAAUUUUGUAAGUCUUACUUUUAAAAUGAGAUUGUGAUUGGCAAUUGUUUAUAGUUUAUAGUGGAACUUUUUAAAUUACCAUUUGUACUGCUGCAUCAGUGCUUGCUACAAAGAAAAUGUUCAAAUGUUCAAAAUGAUCUGUUUUACCUCAGAAGAAUUUCUAUUAUUCAAAUACUCUCAGUUGGCUCCCCAGACAGUCUGGAGUUGAAGUUUUUUUGGACAAAUUAUUAAUGUACUCAUUUUAAGUAAAGAUAUUCAAUUUGAUUUUGAAACCAAAAUAGAAAAUGCAAACUUUUAAUCCUGCAAAACAUCAAACACUGAAACCAAUGGAGAGUAAGGAGCAGAAAAUUGAGAAUUAUACAGCAUAUGAAUUUAAAGAUGCAUUUUUAAGUAAUCAAUUCAUAAGGAAAACGUAUUGAAUAUUAACACAAAGCAUAUUAAAAAUGUGUAAAUAUUACUGGUUCUUAUGUCUUGCUCUUUAUAUUUUAUUUUAUUUUAUAUAGUUCUAGAGUGACUUAGUAAUUAAACACAAGGGUUUUUUUCAAGGAAUAAUUUUGUUGAUAUUGUAAAAAUAUAAUUUAAAACAUAGAUUACAAAAAUCUUUAAUGUUAUUCAAACGUUUCCAGGAACUAAAUUUGAAACUAUAAAGAUCUCUUGUGAUCCCUUAAUUGGUCUUUGUGAAACAGAAUGGAGGUUAUUGGCUUGAUAAUUAUUAAACUUUCAAUAACCAGAAUCUCGAUAGAGAAGAUAUCCCUUCUCCGUUCAGAAAAAUAGGUCAAAUAAUAACACAAUAAACUCAUAUCAGGGCUUUAGAUUUUGGUAGUGGUUUUUUUUUUUUUCUAAUUUUAUAGUUUACAAUCUCCUGUUAAACCUGUAUCCACUGUACUGUACAAUAAGAAUUCAUAUUAGGAAAAAAGAUCCUAGACAAUGCAAGAGUCUCUGCUAUAAAAACUAACAAAUGAACAUUAAGUCGGGUCCAUUAUCAAUUCCUAAAACAGAAGAAAAUAGGCAAGUACAUAUUAAUAUUUUCAAUACUAGGGGUUAAAAUAAAAAGAAAGAGUUCUCAUUAACCAGAACACUAUUUCUUGAGAUUUAUGAUUUUAAAAGUUUCUGUUUUAACAAGAUAGAAAGUAUAAAUGAUAUUGUUUUAUUUUGACAACAUGGAAAGUAUGUUUUUUUCUAAAUAAAUUUCAUAUUUUCUUGAUAUUUUUAAAAAUAAAUUCUUGUUAAGAAUUAGUCUGAAUUUUACCAUAGUUGGAAUUUAUAAUUCCUAAGAGUUAAAUUUUUAAUUAUUUUUAAAGCUCUCUUCUCUACAUCUACAGACAAAAUGAAAAUUCAUUGUAUGGUAUUUGGGAAUAUAUUUCACCUAUAAAGAAAGAAGGUCCACAUUUCAAAUGGUUUUGAGUGAAUAGAGAUGUUUUUUAUUUUUGUUUUUAUGUAUUUUUAUCCAUUUCCAUCUGCAAAGUGUUUGAUGCAAUAAUGACACAUAUUUUCAUUUCAAAAUCUUCUUUUCAGAGAAACCUGGUAACUACACUAACUCUACCACUAACUACUGCUGUGUGACAUUGGACAAUCACUGCCUUUCUCGGUUUGUUCUCUUUAGUAUGAGGGAUUAGGAUUGGGAUUGGGAUUGCCAGUGGUUUUCAAGUUUUUCUUAACAGCAGCAUUUUCUGCUACCAAAAUUGCAUAUGAAAUCCUGUUAUGCAAAACAGCUUAAAGCAAUGACAGAGUUCCUUCAAGCAGUUGAGAUUUGGGCGCCCCUACCCCCACUCCCACCCUGACCCCAGCACUAUUUAAACACCAUCAUAACAUGUCAAUGAUCUAUAAAAUUUCUCCCACCUCUGAAGUUCCAUGAUUCUACUAGAUCAGAUAGAUUUCCUGGGGGGCUUCAUAAGAAAACUUGGACAAUCACAGUAAUUGACUGACGUGUAAUAAAAAAUUAUAUUUACUUGAGUGCUUACCAUAUACCAGUCACGAUAGAUACUAGCUUGUUUAAUACUUGUAGCAAUCCAGAAGUUGUAAGUACUCUUCUUAAUUCCUAUUUUACAAAUGAUGACAUCCAGGCUUAGAUUAAUUAAUUUGCCCGAAGUGACACAGCAGCUGCAAGUAACCCAGUUAUCUUGACUGCAGAGGGAGCCUCUCUGACCAGUUUUGCUUACUCAUUCUGGGAAAUAAACUCUUGUUUUAUUUUCCUAUAUACAUAUCAUUUGAAUCCCAAGGUUAAAGGUGCCGUGAAAAAUUAGUAUCAAAAUAAGGAUAAUUCCAAUAGCAAAAUUGUUGGAAGAGUAUGCUUCUCAAAGAAUGACUGUGAACCACUUGUAAUAACAGUCAUUUAAAAGGGUGAUGAUUUUGGCUCAGUCCCAGAGCCUAGAAGAUAGUAUCAACAAGUUUAAAUUAAAAGAAUAAAUAUCUAGGGAUGGAAUUUAGGAAUACGUAUUUUGACAAGCACCCAAAACCUGAGAAUCACUGCCCUAAGACAUCUCUGAGGUCCUUCUUAGUUAUGACAUUCUAUCAAAUUUUAAACAUUAAAUUGUAAGUUGAGUGAAUAUCAUUUUUCUGGUGAGUUUAUUUUUUCACUCAGUCCAUUUAACUUUCUCCAGUUAAAGAAAAAUGGAAAAAAAAAAAAAAAGACUCAAGGCUUUUCUGGGAAAAUCCUUAUCUUUUCCUUAGAGUUCUCACUAUAUAGUCUCAAAGUGGCCUGAAAUGUAUUUUCUCGUUUUCACAUUUCUCCUUUUCCAUCAAUGGCUCAAAAGACUAAGAGAAGCUGUAGGCAGAUUGCAAGCUAUCACUCACUGCACAAAAAAAGUCCUAAUAAAUGUCUCCCUCCUUGCAAGAGACACUCAGAUGGAUGUGUAACUUUUGAGCUGACCCUAAUUAUUUUGUAGACCUUUGAAUUGGAUGCUUUAUAACCAUGGACCAGUAUCAUUGUAAAGGAGUUAACUCAAUAAUUUUUAUUUUUCCUUUUUUUUUGUUUUCAGAAUAAUCACAGUUGUCAAUUAAAUUUGAAUGGCAUAGUAAAAUAUUUAGAUAUCUACUAAGAAGAUGAGUUUGUUGAGUUUUGCCUUUUUUUUUAAGCUUUAUUUUUCCUUACAGAUUAUGCAUUCAGCAAGAUCCCAUUCAGGCUAAACGUACUUUCUGCUACAUGGUUUUCUGACCAGCAAUUUAUUUAAUGGAAGGAAAUUUUUUUAUGAUAGUAAAAGAAGGAUGAUCUCUAAAUAUCAUUUUAAAAAUUAGUUAAUAUAAGUAAAAAUGAUGUUUCCUUGAAAUAAAUCAAAUUAAGUUGCUGAUAUGAAUGAACAAAUCAAUCUAUGUUAACUGAUUAAAGAAGGUGUUCUGAUGACCUGCCACACCAUCUUUUACUGUGUGCACUUCUGUCAUGAAGCUUUAUUGGAUUUUCCUGCUUCUUUUGUGUUUGUUUGUUUGUUUGUUUGUUUGUUUCAUUUGGCAAAUAGCAUCUAAAUGCCAUUCCCUCACUCGUGAAUUAAACAUGUCUACCAUUACAUUAUUUUUUGUACAUGGAAUGUAUGGAGGAAAAGGAGAUAGAAGUCAAAUAUUUAAAUUUCCAAAUAUUAAAAAAAA